AGCGGCCUUCAUCGAUUCGCGACGCGACGUAACGCGCCUGCGCACUGCGCCCAGCCUGUCCUCUUUGACUUACCCAGAAGGCGACGCUUCGCUUUCUGGUCAUAAUGGCUGGCCGGCCGGCUGUUUCAGCAUCAAGCAGGUUGCUGGAGAUUAUGCGAAAAUGGUAUUACAAUGCUGCAGGAUUCAAUAAACUGGGGUUACUGCGAGAUGACACAAUAUAUGAGGAUGAAGAUGUAAAGGAAGCCAUAAGAAGGCUUCCUGAGAACCUUUAUAAUGACAGGAUGUUUCGCAUUAAGAGGGCACUGGACCUGUCCAUGAAGCAUCAGAUCCUGCCUAAAGAGCAGUGGACCAAAUACGAAGAGGAAAAUUACUACCUUGAACCAUAUCUGAAAGAGGUUAUUCGGGAAAGAAAAGAAAGAGAAGAAUGGGAAAAGAAGUAAUCGUAGUUGAAGUCUAUGGAUGCAGCUGUUAUGAAGAUGGUUAAACUUGAAACAAACAAUUUUAAGAAUUGUUUGGUCUGCAGAUGUUUUACUUUAAAUAAAUGUCUAUUGUAA